UCCUCGUUUCCUUUCCGCUUUAAACGCACAGAGAAACAUCAAAUCUGCAAUCUCCAUGGAAAAGUAUCCCUCUUUCUUAUUCGGAAUGCUUCAUGGUUUAGGUUUUGGGUAUUUGUUUUUCGAUUCCUCUUAGGCUUCUAGUCUUCUUGUUAAUUUCGGAGGAUUUGAUUAGGGCUUGGAUAUGAUGGAUAGGAUCAGUAAUCUGUCGGAUGAUUUGCUCUUGAAGAUUUUCUCCUACCUCCUAGUCCCUACCAAAUACGUUGUCACGACAACGCUCUUGUCCAAAAGAUGGAAGUCUGUCUGGACGAUGGUCCCAAGAUUUGAUUUUGACGAUGGUUUCGAACUCGACCCUUCCCGAUACGAAACAUUCAUCAAUCACGUGGGCAGAACUAUGUCGUUGCGCACAUCUCCGGUUCUGGAAUCUCUGAGAUUCGACGUCGGUCCUUGUUGCAGUCCCGAAGAUAUGGUAACGUGGAUCAGAACAGGGAUGGUUCAGGGCGUGCACGAGCUUGAGAUCUUCCACACUGAAGAACACUUAAAGGAACAUAGACCAAUCAAGUUACCAAAGAGUCUUUAUACUUACGAGAAGCUCGAGGUCUUGAAACUCACUUACUCGAUUGGUCUGGAUGUUCCUGUCGAUGUUUGGCUUCCUUCUUUGAAGACGUUGCACCUUAUCAGUGUAAAGUACGAGACCAAAGAUUGUCACAGUAGGCUUUUGUCAGGAUGUCCUGUUCUUGAGGAGUUGGUGCUGGACAAGAGUUUAAACAGCCACUCUUUGAGAACUUUCUAUGUUGAAAUGCCUAGCUUGCAGAGGCUAUCUGUAGUUGAUGUAUGUGAAGAACCGAACUACGGUCUUGAUGGGCUUCAUAUGACUGUGAUCAAUGCCCCGUCUUUGAUGUAUUUGAACUUUGUAGAUUACCAUGAUGACUUGUGUUUGUGUGAGAACAUGCCUGAGGUGGUUGUGGCAAAUGUUAAAGUUGUGUACAAUAGUCCUGAGAAGCUACUGGGUUCUAUUCCAUCAGUCAAGCGUCUCUGCUUAUGUUUACCCGCUUCAUUGCUUCUCAGCUGCUUUGGAUUUGAUCACCUUGUUCAUUUGGAGCUAUGUGCAGCUUCCCGAGGGUGGUGGGAUCUACUUACUUGGAUGCUAGAAAGUUCUCCUAAACUAAAAGUUCUCAAAAUAUUUGUGUGCAAUGAACUCCCUUGUACCACGAAGUCCAUUAGAGGUCACUGGAAGGGACCAACUUCGGUUCCUGAAUGUUUGAUGUCCCAUUUACAUACUUUCAAGUGGAAGAAUUACAACACAAAAGACGAAGAGAAGAAAAUAGUGGCGUACAUCCUCAAUAACGCAAGACAGUUGAAGAUUGUGGGUAUCUCUGGGUCGAGAUACUAUUCAAAGGAAGAGAGAUUGAAGAAACUCAAUGAGUUGGUUUCGCUGCCUAGAGCUUCAAACUCCUGUCAGCUUCUCAUGGACUGAAAAAAGAUUGUCAUAUUAUGUUCCAGUAAAAUUCCUGUCUAAAAGUCAGAUGUGUUAGUUAGAUGCUCUUUAGGGCUUCCUUAUGUUCUUGUUAUUACAUGUUAGAAUAUUAGAGGAAGCAUUAGUUUCACAAAAAAAAAAAAAGGAAAUUAGAGGAAGCAGAGUUUACUUGUAUUUAGGAUGUGGUAUCUUUCUAUGUAUAUCAGAGGAAGCGGUAGGGGUGGGCGUUCGGGUUCGGAUAGGGUAUUUCGGAUUUUUGGGUAUUUCA